GCGUACCUAAACCUGCGAAAUCAGACGAUGUUUUUCCAAAUUCCCUCCAGAAAAUCCCGCCAUUCACUUUUCAAAGGCCACCAUCUUGUCGCAGUGCACUCUGGGUCAGAAAAUGAUAUGUCCAACAUGAUUGGUCAAAGCUUUGUACCUUUGACCAAUAAGAUACGCUGUAACAAAAAAGCUCACCUGACCAACGUGAACUUUGCAACUUGCUCAGGUCCUGCCACAAACUUCAACAGUUUCUCAAAUAUUUUGGUUGUGACAGUGAUUCAGUUUAUGCAGGUUAGAUAGGACAUCUCCCCAGAGUAGACACCACCAUGGCUGACCAGCACCACCUCAGCCAGCUGAAGCUGCCGUACCUGAAGCGGCUAGCAGAGAAGCUGGAUCCGAAGACAACCAUCGGCCAUGACUGGAGGGACGUCGCUGAUGGGCUGGGGUUUAGCAUGGACAGUAUCCGGCAUGUUGAAAGCACGAGCCAAGGCUCCAGCCCCACCAUCCAGGUGCUGAACCUGUGCUCACACAAGGCUGGCUUCACCGUGGGCAAGCUCAGGGGGGUGUUCCACUCAGUGGAACGGCACGACUGUAUCCUCAUUCUGGAUGAGGCAGCAGAGGAAGUCGCAGCCACCUCGCAGAGAAAAGCCAGUCCUUCUGCAGUAGAACACGACGACCGGUACCACCCUGUCAGCUUGACCAGCGAAGGACAAGUAUCCCUGGCAACAAGCCAAAACAGCAGCCUCCGCUCCGAGCCAGUAGAGAGCGAGGAUGUGCCCGAUAACACCCGGAGUUUAAACAGCCGUCCUGCGCAGGGGGAUGUGUGGGUGAGACAGCAACCUGCGCCAGACAGAAGCUGGCACCAUGUUCAGCAGGGUGCUGAUUCGAACGUUCCAUUUGGCAGUACUAGUGCCGCAGCCAUGUCGAUGAGUCAGAAUCAAAGCGCGGGCGGCGCGUCUGGGACGGUCAGCAGACUGGCACCAAGAGGUCAGAGUAGGACAACCAGCAUGGAGGGGUCGGUGACCUCUGGGAUGUUGACCCUGAACAUAGCAGGGCAGGAGAAUGGCGGAAUGGAAUGUGGGGAACAGAAGUCUAACGUAGAAAGUACAUGUAGCACACAUGCCAAUGCUGGAAGCACGGGGCCACGCUCGACAUGUUCGGACAGAAAAGAGCCAUGCUCCUCUAGUUUUCAAGACGAGACGGAAAGUGUCCCGUCACCGUCUUACCCCUACUCUCCGAGUUCCCGCGGUGACCAAGAUCUCUCCACUGAUGACAUCCUAACGAGCGAUGAGGGCCAGCCCAACCAGCCUAACCUGCCUCCCAUCGGUAGUUUCAUGCCCGACAAUACUCCUAGGACUCUAACGAGUAAUGACUUUUAUCCUGUAGCACAGCAAUAUCCCAACGGGCAGCAGUACAAUAUGCCCAUGGGACCGCCACAGUACAACCACCCCGGUAUGAAUGGUCACCAAAAUCCAUGGUUGAAUGGUGCUGCCAGGCCCAGGGUUGGCUGUGUUGCUGCCCGUAUGCCCUACGGUAGAGACAUGGGGGCGCCACAGUGUAACGGUGCCGUGGGUGGGAGUAGAGGGCACCCGUACAUGCAGCAUGACCUACCGAUGAGGGUUCCUCACCACCCCUCCCAACCACUGGUGAAUGGUCCCUACCAACCCAAUGCUCCUCCAUACCACGCAUACAAUGGAUAUCCCCCACCACCACAACAAAAUUCCAUGCCUCAGAAACAGCACGUGCAGAACGCAGCCACGGGGCCGAGCUCGGAAUCCGGCAUGUCAUCAGCACCCGACAGCUUCCGCGCCAGUGGCAGCAACACCGGUACUUCCAGAAACGAGAGCGGCGUGGCCCACCCUCAGAUGGUCCGGGCCAUGUCCAUGCCGCCCGCCGCGGCACCAGGAGGCAUGAUGGGAGCUUGCGGGGGAGCAGCGAUGCAGAAUGGAGCGCCGUCCCCGCACUGUAACCGCUCCCUGUCCGUCAACUACCCUCCAACUGCACCCGACCCAGUACCAGCAACAUCGGAGAGGAUUUUCAUCACCUACUCCCACGAGAACGAGGUCCACCUCGUGCGGGUCUUAGACAUGGCCAAGAAGCUGUUUAGGGAGGGGUUCUUCGUGGAGGUGGACAUGUUUGAGCGACACUUUGCUGGCAUGGACAAGAUGGGAUGGCUGGACGGCAGAAUAAAGGGAGCAGCGUUUGUGAUCAUCAUCUGCAGUCCCCAGUACCUGUUGGAUGUUGAGCAGAAGAGUGACAGUAUGGAGGGGCUGAACACCUUGUACAUCCACAGGUCCCUCCAGACAGAGUACCUGGAAAAUAGGGCCUGCAACUAUCGCUUCAUCCCCAUCCUGUUUGAUGGUUUUUCCCGUGACUGCGUUCCCAGAUGGCUGCACAACACGACCAUCUUCUACUGGCCCAAGGACAUCCAGGACAUCAUGGCCAGGCUGAGACGGCGGGAGCGUUUCGUCACGCCUGCCAUCGGGAAACCGCCAUGCAUCAGGCGAAACCCUGACCACACCUAACCUCCAUACAUACCCCUGCAUCAGGCAAAACCCUGACCUUGCAUAACCCCCAUACAUACCCCAGCGUCAGGCAAAACCCUGUUUUUUGGGUGUAGCGAUUCUGCUUCUGGAUCAGAAAGUUUGGAGUUUGAAUCCCAGGCCAAGCAGCAUGUGUUCUGAA